AUGGCAGAAGUGGAAAGCAGAGAAUGGUACUUGGCUGCUUAUGCAGCUGAAGGUGUUCCAACUUCUGAUCAUCUCAAACUCCGUACGGUCACACUCUCACUAUCCCCUGAUUCCAUUCCCGAACAACAUGUUAUUCUUGAGACCCUCUUCAUCUCCAUCGAGCCAUAUUUACGGAGCAGCAUCACUGGCCGGGAAGAUGGGCUAUGCAUCCCUCAGUUCAACCUUGACCAGGUAAUUACAGCAUUUGGGGUUGGAAGGGUAAUUCGGUCAAAAGAUGGUAACUAUGCUGAAGGUGACAUAGUCGUCAGUGCAUUCACAUCUGUUGCUGAAUAUUGUGCGGUACCAUCCCAGUUGAUAGCAAGAAAGAUCGAUACAAAUAGUGGGAUUCCCUUGCCUGAAUAUAUCAGCUUGUUAGGGGUGCCGGGGUUUGCAGCAUGGGUGGGAAUUGAGUUGCUGGCAAACCCAAAAUCAGGAUCCAAUGUGUUCAUUUCAGCUGCUGCUGGGGCUGUUGGAAUGUAUGCUGGACAGUUGGCCAAGCUAAGAGGAUGCAGGGUCAUCGGAAGCACUGGAUCAGAUGAGAAGGUGAGGCUAAUCAAGGAGGAAUUUGGAUAUGAUGAUGCUUUUAACUACCACACAGAGACAGAUUUUGAUGCUGCUUUAAGCAAGUAUUUCCCUAACGGAAUUGAUGUCUACCUUGACAAUGUUGGCGGUGAAAUGCUUGAGGCUGCUCUUAACCAUGUCAAUAAGCAUGCAAAGAUCCCUCUUUGUGGCAUGAUUUCUGGCUACAAUAAGGUUUGGACUGAGAGAGAGGGGGUGAGGAAUCUGCUGAAUUUAAUCGGAAAGGAGGUGAAUAUGCAAGGGUUCUUGGUGGGUUCAUACCUGCAUCGUUAUGGAGAUUUUGCAACCGAGAUGGAGAGCCACCUAAAGCAAGGCAAGAUUGGUUAUUCUAAGCUCAAAAUCUUCCAUGGAAUUGAAACAUUAUUGGAGAGCUUAGGAUCCCUUUUCACCAGCUCUAAUGUUGGGAAAGUAGUAAUCCAAUCCAAGUGA